CUGUGCUGCCGGCAAGCACGCUACUUCCGCCAUUAUUUGAAAGUAGAGUUGCACUCAGGUUUUAUAACGUUACCGUGUUUUGCACCAGUCGAUCCUGAGGCGCAUGUGUCAGGCUCCACAGACAACAGUAGUGUCUUGUAGAUGAUGGAAUUCCAAGUAGGUACGGAACCGAUGUCUUUGGGGUCUCCUGCUUCCCCCAAGCCCGGGCCGGGCGCGCAGUUUUUGCCCGGGUUUCUGAUGGGCGACCUCCCGGCACCUGUCACUCCCCAGCCCCGGUCCUUCGGUGGGGGCGGAGGUGGGCUGGAAAUACGGACGCCCGGAAUGGCAGGAGGUUCACCCCCCCAGCCAGUGGUCCCCACACCGAAGGACAAGAGUGGGGCCCCUCCAGUGAGGAGCAUAUACGAUGAGCUAGCCAGCCCGGGGAUCGGUAUAUCUCCUCUCAGCUCACGCAAGCAGCCUUUCUCAAUGGCACAGACUCCAUUGUCUGGGCUGGUGGCUGCCACUCCAGGAUCAACUUCGCAUGUCUUCAGUCCCGCCAGCGGGGGGCAGCAGAGAAAGUCCACCCUCUCUCCCGCUCAGGUGGACCCUUUCUACACCCAGGGAGACGCCCUGUCCUCAGAAGAUCAUCUGGAUGACACCUGGGUCACAGUUUUUGGGUUUCCUCCCGCUUCAGCCUCGUACAUCCUUAUGCAGUUUGCUCAGUAUGGGAAUAUUUUAAAGCACGUGAUGUCCAACACUGGCAACUGGAUGCACAUUCAGUAUCAGUCUAAACUCCAGGCUCGAAAAGCCCUGAGUAAAGAUGGAAAAAUAUUUGGAGAAGCGAUCAUGAUUGGGGUUAAGCAAUGCAUAGACAAGAAUGUGAUGGAGAGCUCAGACAGAGGCAGCUCCUCCUCUGGGUCAGUGUUCACUCCUCCUGUGAAGAGCAGUGCCACGCCCACCCAGCCAGGGGCCACGCCCCGUUCCGCCAUGAGACCCCUCAGCGCCGCCUACCGGGCUUCCAGCAGCGACUACCAGGUAGUUGCUGACAAGCAGACCCCGAAGAAAGACGACAGCUUUGUUUCUAAAGCGAUGGAGUACAUGUUUGGCUGGUGACAUGCCUUCGCCUCACCCUGAGGUCCGGAGAAACUGAAAAGACUGAUAUAGUGACCAACAGUAAUCUGUACGGAUUUGUCACUGGAUGGAGCUGUGGCUCAGUGCGCAACUUUAAGCUUUAUACCUUACAGAUACAGACGUGUAAAUAAAGUGCACUUUACAUCAUGGGUGGUGGUGCACGGUUGUAUGGGCUAUGCACCAUGUACAAAAUAGGGGUGGAUGAUUGAUUUUUAUGGCUUGUCUGUGAUUAAGUUGCUGAGUGAAGACAUAAGUUAAAUAGCAGAACACAAAUCAAUGGUCACGAAGUCGCAUUAGUGACCAGUUAAGUUUUUGAAGUUCAGGCUUGUAUUCAGUGCGUAGGAGUUUGUAAAUUUGAAAGAAUCAAAAGUUUAAAAAAAAAUCUACCCACCUUAAAAAUCAAGGCAGUUUCUCAAGUGUGCAGUGAACUUAGAAGAUGCAAUUCACCAGUUGCAGGCUUCCUUGGCAUUAUGGAAUAAGCUCAAAAGUUAAACAGUUUAAUAAUUUGCUUUACACUGGGGUUUUCUGAAUGCAACUUUUAAAUUGCUGACAAAUGUUAAAAUGUGUUUGAAUGUG